GGGGCAGGGGUUUGAAAUGUAAAAUUGAAAGAAACCCAUGUGAGACCAACUUUGAAGAAUGAAGGUCUUUACACUCAAAUCAUUAGUACUUUAGCAUCCCCAAAGUUUCAUACAACCCAUUUUUGUUCAACUUACCAAGUUGUAUUGCUAAAUUCUUUUAUAACAGUAAUAUUCGGGUCAACUUGCAUACACUUCGAUUAAUUUUAUCAAAUACCUACUACUACCUCUACUAACACAGAUAGAUACCAUGUAACUCUGUCCAACUAUCACUUAAUGAUUUACCUCCAGUGAGAUUUAAACUUGAAAACUCAUAGUUCUCGACCUACUUUAUAUUCUCUGUGCUAUUUAUAUUCUUUAUGUCCAUAAAUUUGGGUAUCCUCUGCUUUGUGGAAUCCCCUUUAUCCUUCCUCUCCCUCUACCUCAUGAAUAUAGUUUCCAACUAAUAUACAAAAAGGAGGAAUCAAAUAGGAUGGUACCCUUUUAUGCAGAUAGUUCGACUGCAUGUGCUUUGCCAUUGCACAGUUAGCUUUCAUGCAUACAAUUUUGCAAACUCAUAUUGACCUUUUAUAUAUUAUAGUUUGAUUCUCGUCGUUUUCGGUAUAUAAAACCUUGUAGCUGGUUUCUCCUCACUACUCAUCAGCAGAGACAAUGAGUAAAGAAGCCAAAAAGGAGCUCGUUAAGGAACCGAAAAUAGAGGAAGAGAAGACAGAAGAACUAAAACAACAUUCUCCUUUAAUUUUGUGCAUAGACUUGCAUUGUUUAGGAUGUGCCAAGAAGAUUGAGAGGACCAUUUCAAAGAUCAGAGGGGUAGACAGAGUAAUGAUAGAUAUGGAGCAAAACCAAGUGACAAUAAGCGGAGUGAUCGAACCACAAGCAGUGUGUGCCAGCAUUGUUAAGGAAACAAAAAGAACAGCAAAAGUAUUUUCGCCUUUACCACUAGCUGAUGAACCUAUUCCUGGAGUUGUUGCUUCACAGGUUAACAGAUUGACGACAGUUGAGCUAAUUGUUAACAUGCAUUGUGAGGCAUGUGCCAAACAGCUAAAAAGAAAGAUUCUAAAAAUGAGAGGGGUGAGAACCGCGGAAACAGAUCUGACCUCAGGGAAGGUAAUUGUAACAGGAAGCAUAGACGCCAACAAGCUCGUUGACUAUGUCUACAGACGAAAAAAGCAGGCCAAAAUUGUACUUCAACAUGAACCGCGGAAGCAUAAGGAAGAACAAAAUCCAGAUGAAGAAGCUAAGAAACUCGAAGAAAGAAACAAAGCAUCAGGAGGAGAAGAAACCAUCAAUAAGAUGAUGUAUUAUUGUCAACCACUUCAUGUGAUUGAAAGAAUCCCACCUCCUCAACUCUUCUCCGAUGAAAAUCCUAAUGCAUGUUGCAUAACGUAACCAAUAAUAACAGGUACUCGAAAGAUCAU